AUGAAGCCUUUAAGCAAUUCUUUAAAUUUUAUGUUUUGUCGUAAACAAAGCCAUGACAAUGAAUUAUCUAGAAGGAUUGCGUGUGCUGUAUCUUUUUCUCAGUUUCAUAUUUUGGAAUUAUGUUGGAAAACAUAUCUUCUAAAAACAAACAAGAGUUUGGGUACAUUCUUCACAUUUACUCAGUCGUUCCGUGUUGAGCUACGACUUAAAGAAAUAUCUGCAUGA